UUUUUUGAUGUCUACAUGUAAGCAGUGCCCAGUUUGAUAACCAAAGUUUAAAUUCAAAAUUCCAGUGAAAUAUGUGCUUGUGAUUUCUAGUCAAAACUCAGAGGAAACAACGAAAUGUGUCUGCGCUUGUUUUGCGGCUACUUGUCGCUCUACAUUGGCUGCAUCUUCAUCGGCUUCACGGGGAUGCUUCUAGCCUUAAUGGUCUUUUCUGUGGGUCUAUUCGAGAUGAUCAAGGGCAAUCCGGAAACAUUGCUUGUGGUUAUGGCAAUGGUCUUUGGCAUUGUCCAAGCCCUAGCCAAAAUUCUUCUUCUCCUCGGAACAAUGUGGGACAUGUGCUGGGCUAUGCUCUUGUCCUUCUUUAUAGGUAUUGCGGCCCUAGGGCUUCUCAUCGCACUUGUGGUGCUCUUCUACAUCCUCUUGUGGGACCCUCUGCACCUCCUUCUGGGCGCUUUUCUUAGCAUACUCGAGAUGUACUACGAAUGGGUCAUCAUUUCAACCUGGUGGUGCUGUCGAUCAUGCACCCACGACUGCUAGGAGUUGCAGUUGGUUCCACUUGUUGCAUGCAUAGAAGAUACAAACAUACCAUGUUGGAGAUCGAACGUCUUGGAACGAGCAUACUAUACAACUCUCAGUGAUCUUCGCAUCGAAUGAAAUACUGUGAGCACGAGAGAGAGAACUUGUAUUCGAAUACCCCCAUUAUUUGUGUAUGAGGCGACUUCGUGCUCGGGUCUUCCGACUUGAGUGUCUUUCAAGUAAGUCAGUUCACUCUGAGACGCGCGCUGGAUAUGUCGUUCCUGGAGCGCUCGAGCUGUUCCUGCGAAUAAGCGUGUGUGUGCCAGUGUACCGCCCCCUACCCGUCACGGAAAAAAAAUGAAAUAAAAAUAUCGGCAGGAAAAAUAUCAAAAAUUAUAUCUGAAAAUACACAAGUGUAUCUGCAAGUGCAGUCGUAUCUGUGAGACGAGAGUGUUUUCCAUUUGCCGCAAUUAGAAGUAACGGUGCGAAGGUGAUUUGCACGGGAGAAACUGGAAAAUCAGCGAAGCGCGAGAUACUUGUAUCUGCAAUUUGUGUGUUUUCGUUUUGUUUUCGGUUUCGCAAAUAGCAAGUGAAGAGCCCAUUACUUUAAUUCAAUCAUCGAUCGUUUGCAAUCGUUUGUUGUGUGGCCCGCUUUUGGAGAAUCCCCACAAUUUGUUCUAAGCCCAAAUAAAAGUAAUAAAAUAAAAGCCCCAACCCCAGAGACACAAGUCCGCGAGCCGGUUUAGUCAUCCGAAAGUUCCGAGAACUGAGCGCAACUUUGAGAUACAUUCGCGUAUUCUCAUUCCGAAUCGCUGGCCACCAGCUGUUGGCCACAAUGCCUCCGUACCUGCUGGAUAUUUGCCUUACCCCGGAGCUUCGUAGACCGCGAUAAGAUAUCGGCGACUAGUGGUGAAUAAAGCCAGAUACUCGUACUCGAAACUGCGAAAACGUCCAUAUACGAGAAACAGACGGAAAAGAAAAUCGCACA